AAUUCCACCACUAUCGGCAACAGAAGCUACCUAUCGUCUAUCACCAACUCGCUACUUUGAGGCCAUCCUCCUCCGCUCGGAUAAGUUGGACACGCACUGUGCAUUUUGUGGUUUCUUCGUAUAUCCAGAAUAUAGAACUUUUAUUAGUACGAGAAUCGAACGACGACCACGCCCACCAUGUCGCUCAUCUCUGCGCACCUCGAACAAAUUGGCUAUUCCUGCCAGGGAAUUGACUCUCUACCGUUCCCCCCUCCUAAGAUCUUCACCAACGCCCUCCUCUCAAAUCAUGACAUCACAUCUCUCAUCCGUGAUACGGAACCGCACGAACGCGCCCUCUUCUCCGUCCCACCACCUCCUCCACCCUCAACAAUUCUCAAACCCACAGAGCCAGAGAAGAAAAAGUCCUCGGGUCGACGACAAACUGUCUUUAAUGUAGCCUCGGGCGAAGUCACUACAGGACCUCCACCCCGCACUGGCACCCAUCCUCGACGACAAACGGCCGUAGCAGCUGUCUUGGGCGGUCAAAUGCAUGAAGAACUACGGCGCGGAGAAUCAGAUCGAAAAGGCGAUGUCGAUGUAAAUGUCCUUUUGCGCGGCGCAGAAAAGCUCUGUGGUGUAUACGAACUCCCCGGAGCGAGGGAGCGCAUCGCUGCGUUGAGGAGUAAACAUGCACAUGGGAAGAACACAGCGGCAUAUUACGAAGCGCGCGUCGCGGAGCAAGCAGAACAGUUGGCGAGUCUAGAUCACAGAGAGUGGUAUGAUGAGGAAGAAGAGGAAGAAGAAGAGGGUGAAGUUUGGACGGAGGAUGACUUGAGAAGGGAGGAGGAGGCGGCGAAGGAGAUGGAGGUUAAGAAGAGGGAGUUGCAGGUGAGGCUGAGGCAGAUGGAGAAGGAUCUUGGUGAUUUGAUGAGAAUGUGAUGAUACCCUUAUGAGAUAUGAAAAUCUUGAACAUAGCAUUCGACGGUCUAUAACACGGGGAGAUAUGUCCCCUAAUUCUUAGCAAGCCGGUCUUCUCUCGCCAUAACGAGCUUUUCAAGAAUAUCUCCAACAUCCUCCGCUCCAUCAACGGUAUACUUAUCAUUGAUGAUAUACCGUGGUACGCCCCUUAUGCCCUUCUCUUGCAUCUCACGAACCUCAUUGUCAACCUCCUCACCUCCAUCAUCAUCAUCCAACCACUCCCGUGCUUCGUCCCUCUCAAGGCCCGCCUUAACCGCUGCGGUCACUAAAUCCUCUUUACUAGUGAUAUCUCCGCCAUCUAGGAAAUACAUCCUCAUAAUCUCCAGCGCAACCUCUGUCUCCUUGCCCCUAAUGCGCCCCAACUUCUCCAACCGAUGCGCAUCUCUGGUAUUGCCAAUCGUAGAGUUGAAGUUGAACUCCACCCCCUCUUGUUUGGCAAUACCAUUGAGGCGAGCUUUGA